GCUACAUUCCAAAGACCAACCUCAGAAACCCUUCAAGUGUCUCUAACAGGAGCUUUGAGGAUGAAAGUGGACUCGACCGGGAUCGAUAUAAUGGUGGCGCUAUACGAGAACGGACUAGUGACUGAUUGCCCUCGAGGAGAGAACUCUGGAAGAUUCUUGGCCAAUGACUACGUUGUAAGAAAGCUAGAAAAGUUAUGUACCGUUAAAGAUUUAGCGGCCAAGAAAACGGUCUCGGAAACGGCUCAUUUCACGGUAUGGGAUGGGUUCAACAGUGCUAAAUGUGGAGUCGCUGUUUUUCUUCAGAACGCAUCUCUUCAAAUUUUUGGUACGCAGAGUUUUCAAUUGCCUGAUGAGAUUUGACAAAAAAAAUAAACAAAAGUUCUGAACCUAUUACAUUUGCCCUUUUGAGUUCAUUCAUAUUUGGUUUAUUAAAUCAUAUGACCUUUUAAAAUGCUGACAAGUGACGAACAUAGUGUUUCCGAUAUGUCUGUCUUAGUUCGAUGCUCUCAACGAAACAUAUUAGUUUUGAUGCAAAUUAAUAAACUCGAAAGAUCAGAUUUGAGUCAUUUGUCCAUGACAUUGUCAUCCUACUAGUUCGUGUUGCGUUAGUACUCGGACUCAGUGGCGGAUUACGUGUAGUAG